CCCGCUGCUCGCGCAUUAUCCCGCGUUUCCACUAUGAGCAACCCAUGCAUAGAAACGUGAGGUCCCACGCGAUAACCAGGCCAUACUUGAUGCAAUGAGACUCAUCUGCGCUUAAUUUUAGCUCUCGUUGUUUUGUGAAGCUGCAUUGCCUUUUUGAGCACUGUGAUGUUGCCAACCAAGCUACCUUUUUUUCGAAACAGCAGCAGCUUGCUGAAGUCUGUUAUCACUCAAUGAAGUGCGCAAAUGUCAGAAGACAAGCAGGAGGACCUGCAGAACAGCGCUGGUCCAAAGUUCACUACAGAGUUGGACAGCCCAGCAAUGUUUGAUGACCCUGCACUUCCAGCAGGGUGGGAGCGCAAGGUGACGCAGCGGCAAACUGGGAAGUCCGCAGGGAAAUUUGAUGUCUACAUAUUCAGCCCCGAGGGGAAGAAAUUUCGGUCCCGGAAUGAGCUGGCUGCCCACUUUGAAAAGGUGGGGAGCGAGAUGUCCGCCCUCGACUUCGACUUCAGUGUCAGGGGUCACAGCAACAAGAAGUCACCAAGCUCGCAGCCAACCCCAACUGCAGUCAGGGACAAGAAGUCGACACCUGCAGCCAAGAAACCCAAAAAGGAAACUGUUGCAAAGGCAUCGUCAACUAAAAAAUCUGCAUCCUCAACUCCGGCUGCAACACCGCCGCCACCUGCACGGUCUGGACGUAAGUUGGUGGUGAAGUUAAAUUUCACCUCUCCUAAGAAGCGCAUUCUCAAAAACUACUCUGAAAAUAAGGGGGAGCGGGAGCAGGCAGGGCAAGUAGAGAGUAAAGAUACGAAACCCAAGGAGGCCACGAGAAAAGCUCAGAAGAAGGAGGAGGCCCUGGUGAGCAGCGAUGCAAAAACUGAACCUGUAAAGGAAAGGAAGAAGGAGGAGGUCAAAAAGGAAGAUGUCGUGAAGAAGAACAAAGAGAACGACCUGGCGAGAAAGAAGGAGGAGGCAACUAAGGCAGCGAAACCAACAAAAGAUGCCAAAGGGAAAAAGAUGAAGUUGCUCGAUGCUGACAAUAUGUUGUUCAAGGAAUUUGACAGGCUUGAAAGGAAACCUCCGAAGGAAAAGGCAGCCAGGAAAGAUGGCAAGGGAGGACAGAGUACAGCGAGGCAGGCGCAAGACGACGAGGGUAGAACGGGUUCGUCAAGGGACGAGGUUUCGCCCGUAGAGCAGAGUGAAACAGAGUCGCCAGCCGCAUCAAACGUUGAUGAAAAUGGUGAAGCCAAGAUGAACGACGUGGAUGAGCACAUCGAGGCGAGAGGCCAGGAAGAUGUUGAUGCGGCAGAAAAACCGCAGGACGAAGAGGAAUUGAAAGAGGUCGUAGAUGUAGUGAGUAAAAAUACCGAGAAGGUUGCAGAAGCCACAGAAAGCAAGGUAGAGGCUGUUGUAGAACAGACGAAUGCCAUAGAAGAAAAGACAACUGUAGAGUAUGAAAGCAGUGCAGAGAAGAAGGUAGCAGAAGUUAAGAAAGGAAGAAGAGGGAAAACGUCAACGUCUGUGAAGGACAGCAAGACAACGGAAAAGGCAACAAAAGAACAGAAGACUUUGCAGGAACCAAAAGAAAAGAAGAGAGAAAAGAUAGUAGUGGCAGAGGAGAAGAAGACAGAGAAAAGCCCUAGCAAAGGGAAACCAGAAGCUGUGCCCGAGAAGGAGAAGAAGAAAACAGAAAAGGUGACAUCGAAGAGUGAAAAAAAGAGUGCGAGGAAGGAAGAAAGUGAUGCGACAGUUCACGAAAAGAAGUCUCCACAGAAGAAAGAUGCUGAGAAAAACAAGGAUAAAGUAGCCAGGCCACCAAAGGAAUCCGGCAAGAGAGCAGAAGUGGUCAAGCCGGAUAAGAAAGCAGCAGAAGCACCAACACUCGUUGAAGCAGAAGCAUGUAAAGUUGAGGAGCCACCACACCAUCAGGCACCACCGGAAAAACCCGCGACAGGGACAACAGCACAAACUAAACAAAAGAACAAGAGCGGACAGGCAAGAGCCUCGGAACCCGCAAAAAGUGUACUACGAGAUGACGCAGCAGAAACGACGACACACGAGGACCCGAACGUACCAAUGGAGGAAGGUGACGUGGAAGGCGUCGACGGUGACGUAGAUUUUAGCCCGAAACGACAGCUGUCGGAAGAACAUCGGCCGUGGCCCAUCGAGAUGAGCCCAUGCAUGAUCGACCACAGCUAUACGAAAUUGCCGAGCGAAGAAGAUAACGAUCUCAGCCAAAAGCAAAGUCCAUCACGCAAAAGGACACGCAGUGGUGGGUCCGACGGGUCACCACGGAAGAAGUUGUUGCGACACGAUCCAGCGGACGAGCACGAACCAGUUGAAGAAGAAAGCUGAAGAACACUGGGGGCGGCCAUCUACAAAUGUCGAAAAGGAAUUUUAACGUGCGACACAUAUUUUGUAAGAGGCAGGUACACUGUUACCGUAUGGCUGGGAAUCCCACUCACUGCAAUGUGUUGAUCCAAAAAUGUUCGCAACAAGCUCUGCGCAAGUUUCCAUAAUUCGAAGCCUACAUCCGAAUUCUCUCGUCAAGCCCGGUUUCACAUAACUAAACUGAAAACGCACAGGAUCCAGGUUUUGUGGUGUGUGAAUCAAAAGUGUAACGUUCUUAAAAUUUGUGGCAUUUUACCGAGCAUACUUAUGGCUUCAUGGAAGCACUUUGCAAUGACAGGGACUAUGAAAUGUCAUAGGUGACCCCGAGUUUUAUCGAAUCGGUUGUCUAUAUUCUGCUACUACUGCUACGUAUAGUCCUUGCUGCAGCCAAAUGUUUCUUCAAAAGGACCACUGCAGUGCAGUGUGGCAGGGAAUUGUUAACGUUGCACCAUGUAUGACAUCCUUUCAUUAUGAAUCCCCCUAUUCAUGCAUUUGUACAUAACUUUGCAAAAGUUUGUUGUUUUGACCACUGUAUCCUGGUUGCUCUCUGGGGAAGCUUUUACCCCGCCCCGUGUUUUUUUUUUUUUUUUUUUUUAACUGUGCAUGGCAUUGUGUUAGGUUUUCCAACUUUCCCCAAGGAGUGGUGUGUUGCAAAACGUGUAAGCUUUUCCUUUUCUUCAAAAUGCAUUUUGUUGCUGUGUUUUUAUCCUGAUAGACUUUUUUUUUAUGUACAUAGCUGGUGCUUUUUCUUUAUUUGUGCUUCUGCGCUUAAUAGCAACCUUGUGCUAGCGUCAUGGCACCAGUUUUUACGGUUCCGCAUUACACACUGUCGAGACUGACUCAAUUCCGGGAUUUGUGAUGGAACAUCGGACUGUCUUUUCCAUUCUGUAGGCUACAGAAAGUGUAAAAAGCUGUAAAUAGUGUGCUCACCCUUCAUGAAAUUCAACCUAAGUGACAACAAACGACUUUCACUUUCUGGUUACGUCACAAAGCUGUACAAAGUCCAUUCAAGGUUUUUCUCGUUUUUGCAUCGGGCUCACACGGCCGAAUUUUUUUGCAAAUUUUAGAGGGCUUCGCAGAGAUUUAUUUAUUCUCGAAGGAAUUGUACCAACAUCACAACCAUCAAAGGUGUGUCUAUAGAGUAGUGUGUGAAAGUGUUUGCAUCAUGACUUUGCCUCAUGUAUUCUUCACUGUUAAAAAACCAUAAAGGCUUUUUCUGUUCCACACGUUCCCGUGUACUGUCAUUUCUCGAUAAUAAAACCAUCACCACUGCUGAGUGUUCAUCACAACCA